AUGGAGCACAACCCCGCCGAGCACGACGAGGUCGUGUCUCAGUUCUGUGCCAUGACCGGCACCCAACCUGCAGAGGCCCAGGAAUAUCUCAGCGCCAAUGGGUGGGACAUGGAAGCCGCCGUGACCGAGUUCUUCGCCGAGCAGGAUGAGGCCCUACAAGACAUGAACACCGGGGGCGGGCGACAACUGGGUGCAGAGGGACCUUCUGGCGCGCCUGCUGGCGGCCGAUCACUAGGCGGAAGAGCCGCACCGGCUGGAUCCUCCGCCGCCGCCGAGUCUUCGUCUUCUGCCCCACGCGCACCGCCGAAGAAGAAAGCACAACCACCACCGUCGGACGAGCCCGAGACGCGACGAUCGGCCUUUACAGGCACUGCCCGUACUCUGGGCGGAGACGAAGCCCCCAGCCGAGUGAUCGAAGACACCACCGCACCUGCACCGCAGCGUACACAGCGCGUUCAGCGGACCCUCCACUUCUGGGCGGAUGGCUUUUCCGUCGAUGAUGGUGAGCUAUACCGGUCUGACGACCCCCGCAAUGCCGAAAUCCUGGAAGGCAUCCGCCAAGGCCGCGCACCGCUCUCGAUUAUGAAUGUGCAACCCGGACAAGAAGUGGACGUGGAUCUGAAGCAACACGAAGAGAAAUACGUGAAACCAAAGCCUCAGUACAAGCCUUUCUCCGGAGCCGGACAGCGUCUGGGCAGCCCGACACCCGGCAUUCAAACCCAACCUGCUGCACCGCCCGCCGCUGCCGCACCGGGUCCUUCCACUACAAACGAAGCACCGAAACCAGAGGUUGAUGAAUCCCAGCCGACUUUGACGCUGCAGGUGCGUCUUGGGGAUGGUACGCGUCUGACGUCGCGGUUCAACGCUUCACAUACCGUGGGAGAUGUUUACGAGUUUGUGACGGCUGCCAGCCCGGAUUCGCGGAUGCGCCCAUGGGUGCUGAUGACGACUUUCCCCAGCAAGGAGCUUGAUGACCGAGGUGUUGCGCUGGGUGAUAUGUCUGAGUUCAAGCGCGGAGGUGUUGUGGUGCAGAAGUGGCAGUAA